CCUAAGGGCGUCCCCCACGAUGCCACCCCACGGAGGGGUGUUUGUGAGUCUCUGGCUGCUGCUGGCCCCCAGUGUCACCGAGCCCCCUCCUGGCACAGGGGGGGCCACCCUAGCCUUCGUCUUCGACGUCACCGGCUCCAUGUACGACGACCUGGUGCAGGUGAUGGACGGGGCCUCGCGCAUCCUGGAGCGGACGCUCAGCAGGAGCACGAAACCCAUCAGCAACUACGCGCUGGUCCCCUUCCACGACCCAGAGGUGGGACCCGCCACCCUCACCGCGGACCCCCGGCUCUUCCAGCGGCGCCUGCGAGAGCUCCACGUCCAGGGCGGAGGGGACUGCCCGGAGAUGAGCGUGGGAGCCAUCAGGCUGGCCGUGGAGGUCUCGCACCCCGGCUCCUUCAUCUAUGUCUUCUCGGAUGCUCGGGCCAAGGACUAUGAGCAGCAGGAGGAUCUGCUGCGGCUGCUGCAGCACAAGCAGACCCAGGUGGUGUUCGUGCUGACGGGGGACUGCGGGGACAGGAGCCACCCCGGGUACCGCGUGUACGAGCGCAUCGCCGCCACCAGCUCCGGGCAGAUCUUCCACCUGGACAAGCAGCAGGUGACGGAGGUGCUGAAGUGGGUGGAAGAGGCCAUUCAGGCCUCCAAAGUCCACUUACUGUCCACGGACCACGAGGAUGGUGGGGAGCACACGUGGCCAGUCCCCUUUGACCCUAGCCUGAAGGAGGUCACCAUCUCCCUGAGCGGCCCUGCCCCAGGGAUCGAGGUCCGGGAUCCGGCAGGAAAGGUCCUCGAGAAUGGCCAAGGUCUGAAAGAACUGCUCAGCAUCCCCAACUCGGCCAUGGUGGUGGCUGUGGAGCCCCACGAGCCAGGGACAUGGUCGGUCACGGCCCAGAGCGGCGGCCGCCACUCGCUGAGGAUCACGGGCAUCAGCAACAUUAAUUUUCAAGCCAGCUUCUCCACCCAGCUGGACUUUGGUGCCACCCAGCCUGGAGAGCGGCCGGUGCAAGGUCUGCCCAUCUCCGUGGUGGUGAACUGCACCGGUCUGAAGCCGCCUGGGCACUUGCAGGAGAUCGAGCUCUUCAACACCUCCGGCCAUGCCCUCCUCUCGCUGCCCGCGCGGCCCCUCUCCAACACCUCCUCGGGGCAGCUCUGGGUGGGCUCGCUGCUCCGCGUCCCCCCGGGUGACUUUCUGCUGAAGGUGAAGGGCGAAGACACCCAGGGCCACCCCCUGCACCGCCUCUCCGGGGUCACCUACACCAGCGUGGUCCCCGGUCUGCCCAAAGUGAACAUCUCCAGCAAGAUCCAGGCUUACAACCGUGAGCCACAGCUGAUCUCCUGCUCUGCACGGAGCGAGAUCCCUUUCCGCCUGCAGCUCAGCCGCGGUAGGAUGAAGCUCGGGGAAGAGCAGCUCUUCAGGAGUUUGGGGAACAUCAGCUGGUUGAUCCCUGCGGUGUCCAAGAGCGACGAAGGGUUUUAUGAGUGCACAGCCACAAGCAAGUUCGGGGCGACGCGGGCUCACACCUACGUCUCUGUCUCAGAGCCGCCGCCGCGUCUCAUAGCCCCAGGCAACAUCACAGCUUCACCGGGCCAAGACGUGGUCAUGUCCUGCCCGGUUUUGGGCGACGUGCCCUACAACCUGACGUGGAGCUGGGAUGGGAAGGCGGCACAACCGGGGGACGGCCGGACCAGGUUGCUGCAGAACGGCUCGCUGGAGAUCGGCCGCGUGCAGCCGGGGGACGGGGGCCUGUACGAGUGCGUGGCACGCAGCGCCCACGGCGCUGCCGCCGCCUCCCUCUGGCUCUUCGUCCGCGAGGCACCGUGGGUGAAGGUCGAUGCCAGCCCCCAGCGUUUCGGCAGGGGCCAGGAGCUGUGGCUGAACUGCACGGCUGGGGGUCACCCCCCGCCCCACACCGCCUGGAGGCGCUGGGGCUGGGUGCUGGAGCAGGACGAGAGGGUUUUCACGGAUGCUCAGGGUACCCUGCACAUCAGGGCUGCCGUCCCAGAGGAUGCGGGGAAUUACAGCUGCUACGCCAGCAGCGCGCUGGGUUGGGACGAGCAAGUCGUCACCCUGGAGUUCACCGAGCCUCCCGCAAUCCUGGCAGUGACGCCCAGCCUGAAGGCACUCGUGGGAGAAGACGUGACCCUGGAGUGCUGGGUUUUGGGGGUCCCCCCGCCCUACGUCACGUGGUACAAAGGCGAGCAGGCGGUGGCGACGUUCCCACCCGGCACCCAGCGCGCCGUCCUGCGGCUGCAGGCGCUGCGGGAGGAGGAUGCGGGGCGAUACGUCUGCGAGGCUCUCGGUGAGGCUGGCGUCGCCUUCGACGGCACUGUGCUGGACGUGGGGUCUGCCCCUCACUUUCCUGAGCCCCUGGGGGACACGGCGGUCGAGGUCGGGGGGAGCGUGAGCCUGCUGUGCCGCGUCGAGGGCUCUCCCCCGCCACGGGUUACCUGGUCCCGGCAGGACGGGAAGCCCGUGACGGGCUGGCACGGGCCGCGUGGUGUUUCCAGCAAGCUGGAGGCUGCCGAGCUCUUCAUCGACAGUGCCUCACUGGACGACCAAGCCAUCUACAUCUGUGAAGCUCAGAAUGAGUUUGGGAAAAUCCAAGCGGAGGUCAAGCUCACGGUCACCGGACACGCCCCAGAAAUAGCUCUUGCAUCCCCUGUGGUCCGUGCGCUCUCAGGCCAGCCCGUGUCGCUGUCCUGUGUGAUCCUGGCCGGGAGGCCGUUCCCAGCCCGCCGCUGGCUGAAGGACGGGCAGCCGGUAGCCCCGAGCAGCCGCUACUCCGUCCGGGCUGACGGGAGCCUGCACGUGGACCAGGCAUCGCGGGGGGACGCGGGGAGGUACACCUGCGAGGUGACCAACACCCUCGGCUCACACAGUCAGGACGUGUCCCUGGUCAUCCACGUUCCUCCCAGCAUUGAGCUCGGCCCUGUCCUCAUCACCGCCACCGAGGGAGUGGCCGUCGCCCUGAGGUGCAAUGCCACCGGCGUGCCCCCCCCUACUGUCACCUGGGCAAAGGGCACAGAGCCCAUCUCGUUGAGCCCGCGCUACCACCUUGACCCUGAUGGGACCCUCCUGAUCCCUUUGCCCUCCCCUGGGGACGCCGGGACCUACUUCUGCACAGCUACCAACGUGGCAGGCUUCUCCAGCCGGGAGACGCAGCUCUCCGUCAGCACGAAGCCCAGGAUCAGCGUGAACGGAUCGCAGGCGUCGGACCCCGUAACCAUCCUGGCUGUGCUGGGGCAGGAGACCACCCUGCCCUGCGAGGUCCAAGGCUAUCCCCCUCCCUUGGUGGUGUGGACCCAGGAGUCCCAGCCGCUGCCUCUCGCCACCGCAAGGUACAGCGUCCUCCCUUCGGGGUCCCUCCGGCUGGUCGAGCCCCAGGUGACGGACACCGGCCUCUACACCUGCACGGCCACCAACGCCGCGGGGAACGCCUCGCUCAGCUACAGCCUGCACGUCCAAGCACCCCCCCAGCUGCUGAUCGGCGAUGGGGAAAGCCAACUGACGGCUGUCGCCAACGACUCCCUGAGGAUUCACUGUCGUGCCGUGGGCAUCCCCACACCCCAGAUCCAGUGGCUGAAGGACGGGCACCCGCUGGGCGAACAGGAUGGUGUGGUGGUGUCCGAGGACGGUGGGACCCUGCUGAUCACUCGCGUGGGGCUCAGCCACGAAGGGGUCUAUAUCUGCCAGGGCAGCAGCCGGGCAGGGGUGGCCCAGGCGGAGGUGCAGGUUUCGGUGCAAGUACCUCCCAACAUCGAACCCAGUGCGGUGGACCUGGCCAUUCUGGAGAACGGCACGCUGUCCCUGGAGUGCCUGGCCUCAGGGCUGCCUGCUCCCAACAUUGCCUGGUAUAAGGGACAUGAACAGCUCUUGGCUGGGCCGAACUGGACCCUGUCCAGGGAUGGGAAGCGCCUGGAGAUCCAGCGUGCCCAGCUCUCCGAUGCCGGCAGCUACCGCUGCGUGGUCUCCAACGUGGUUGGUGUCACCGAGCUCUGGUACAGUCUGCAGGUGAUCGUGCCUCCGCAGAUCACAGCUGGCCCCAGCCCCGUCACGGUGACAAUGAAUGAGCCGGUGACACUGGAGUGCAAUGCCACGGGGACCCCAGCUCCAGUGCUGCUGUGGCUGAAGGAUGGCAAUCUGGUGUCCAGCAUGGCAGCGGGUGGCCCGCAGAUCCUCUCCGAUGGGCACGUGCUGUCCCUGCCCACCGCUCACCUCCAGGACUCGGGGACAUACACGUGUGUAGCCAGCAGCGCUGCGGGGGAGGACAGACGUGAGGCCACUCUCGAGGUGCGGUUGCCCCCCACCACCCUGGGCGAGGAGGAAAACAUCACUGUCAUCGUCAACCAGCCGGUGACCCUGGAGUGCCUGGCCCCCGGGGUGCCCCCGCGGGGGUCCCGCUGGCUGAAAGAUGGGAACUUACUCACACCAAAGCCGGGCGUGCAGCUGUCUGCAGAGGGGACCGUGCUCCAGAUCGGGCAAGCCACCGUGCAGGAUGCGGGCAGGUACACGUGCCAGGCACCUGGACACCCAGAGAAACACUACAACCUCGACGUGUGGGUGCCCCCGUCCUUCUCCUCGGCAGAGCCCGCCACCGUGUCCGUGCUGGAGGGACAGUCCGUCAGGCUGGCCUGCAAGUGCCAGGGGAUCCCCUUCCCCACCCUGAGCUGGUGGAAGGACGGUGAGCCCCUCUCCACCCAGCCCGGGAGCCCAAAGCUGGUGUCCACGGGAGGGAGCAUGCUGUACAUCGAGAAGGUACGGCUGGUGGACACGGGGACGUACACCUGCAAGUGCAGGAAUGCCGCCGGCAGCAGCAGCAAGGAGCAUCGUCUGGAGGUGCACGCGCUGCCAAGGAUCCAGGGCAGCAGCAAAGCCCUGAGGAAGGUUUCUGUCAUCAAGGCUGGCGAGACGGUUUUGGAGUGUGAGGCCGUGGGGACGCCACCGCCCACGGUGACGUGGGUGAAGGACGGGCAGCCCGUGGCCGGCAGGGAUGGGAUCUUGCUUACGGAGCAAGGGAAGCGGCUGCGCAUCCCCAAGGCGGAGGUGGCCCACGCAGGACGCUACAUUUGCCUGGUGGCAAACGCAGUGGGGCAGGAGCAGAGGGAGUUUGAUGUUGCGGUGCAUGUUCCUCCUGAGUUCAUUCAAGGAUCAGGACUGACAACCAACAUCAGCGUCUCUCUGCAAGGAUCCCUGACGCUGACCUGUGAGGCCACCGGCAUUCCCCUGCCCACAGUCACCUGGUCCUGGAACGGUUCUCCUGUCACGCCCAGCAAGCACACGCAUGUGCUUUCAGGGGGCUGGCUGCUGAGGCUCACCCGUGCACGAGCCCAGGAUGGUGGCCACUAUUCCUGCCUGGCCAGCAACGUAGCUGGGGAGGCCAGGAAGCAUUUCUACGUGGAGGUCCUAGUUCCUCCCCACAUUGAGAACGCGGGGGAAGAAGAGACCGUCAAAGUACCCGAGGGUCACCCUGUCACCUGGUCUUGCCUGGCUGUGGGCAACCCUCAACCUAAGAUCACCUGGCUGAAAGAUGGCCACCCUCUGCCUAGUGGAGACAACUUCUCCAUCUCCCCAGAUGGCUCCAUGCUCCACAUCCCCCAAGCCUCCCUGUCUGAUGCCGGCCGCUACUCCUGCAUGGCCUCCAGCUCUGUGGCAAAUCAAACCAAGCACUACCUGCUAGAUGUUUUUGCCGGUCCUACCAUUGCUGGAGAUGCCCAUGAUGCUGCUGCAGAAGAAGUCACAGUGAUCAUCAAUAACCCCAUCUCCCUGGUCUGCGAGGCUCUGGCAUACCCAUCUCCCAACAUCACCUGGCUCAAGGACGAGGUUCCCCUCAAAGCGUCUAGAAAUGUCCUUCUGCUCCCUGGUGGCCACGGGCUGCAGAUCCUGAAUGCCCAGGAAGAGGACGCGGGCACGUACAGCUGCAUCGCAGCCAACGAAGCCGGGGAGGCCGUGAAGAACUACUCCGUGAAGGUCCUGGUUCCUCCUUCAAUUGCCAGAGAUGACCUUUUGGGGGAAUUUGCUGUGAAAGAGGUGAAAACCAGGGUCAACAGUACAGUGAUGCUGGAGUGCGAGACUUGGGCUGUGCCCGAGCCGACCAUCCAGUGGUACAAGGACAAGCAGCUCCUGGCAAGUGCUGGCCACCUCCAGAUCCUCAGCGAGGGGCAGGUCCUUCAGAUCAAACCAGCCGGCGUCUCGGAUUCGGGGCACUACACCUGCGUGGCCACCAAUGCUGUGGGCGAAGAUGAUAGGGACUUCAUCGUGCAUGUCCAAGUGCCACCCCUCUUCCAGCAGCAGACAAGCCCCAACGAAGCCCUCGAGAUCUUUUACCGGGAGGAAGACCAGGAUGGGGAGGUGACAGAGCACCGGCAGGCUGUCCUCAACCAGCCCACCGCACUCUACUGCGACACCAAUGCCAUCCCACCUCCCCAUCUCACCUGGUACAAGGAUGGGGAGCCCCUCUCCCCUGGCCCGGGGGUGCUGAUGCUGCUAGGGGGCCGGGUGCUGCAGCUGCCCGCGGUGCGGGAGGAGGACGCGGGCAGGUACACCUGCGAGGCGGCCAACGCGGCAGGACAGGACCGCCUGCACUACGAGCUGGAGGUGCUGACUGCCCCGGCCAUCCACGGCGGCACGGAGGACCCGGCCGAGGAGAUGACGGCCACCAUCAAUGAUACUGUUCGCUUCAGUUGCGAAGCCAGCGGGCACCCAGCGCCCACGGUGUCCUGGCUCUGGAACGAUGUCCCCGUUGUGGGUGGCCCACGGCACCAGCUCCUGGAGGGUGGCACAGUCCUGCAGGUGGCUGCGGUGGAGGCGGGUGAUACCGGCAGCUACACGUGCGUGGCCGAGAAUCCUGCUGGGUCAGCUGAGAAGCACUUUGCCCUCACCGUGCAGGAAGCUCCCUGGAUUGCGGGCACAAACCCCGAAAGCAUCGAUGGCGUCGUCAACGGCAGCGUCUCACUGGCAUGCGACGUCCGAUCCCACCCUGCUGCAGAGAUCGCCUGGUACAAGGAUGGCCGCGUCCUGCGGCUUGGUGAGGAGGUGACUGUCACCCCAGGCUCACGGGUGCUGCAGCUCCCUCGCCUGCAGCUUUCCAGCUCAGGCACGUACACGUGCGUGGCGCUGAACGUGGCCGGCCGGGAGGAGAAGCGCUUCAUCCUCACUGUCCACGAGCCCCCAGGCAUCCAGGACCCAGAGCAGGAGGUGCUGGACGCCGACAUGGGGACCCCCCUCGUCCUGACCUGCCAAGUCACUGGCGUGCCCGCGCCUGCCGUCACUUGGCUGAAGGAUGGGAACCCGCUGGAGAGCAGCCCAGAGUGGGGCCUGGUGUCCGGGGGGGGCCAGCUGCUGCUCAGCCCCCUCCAGCCCUUCCACCAGGGCCGAUACACUUGCCUGGCGCGGGGCGCGGGCACCGAGAUGCGCAAGGACUUCGUGGUGCUGGUGCGAGUGGCACCCCGGAUCGCCAGCGCGGGGGUCCCCAGUGAGCACAACGUGCUGGAGGGCAGAGGAGUGAGACUGGAGUGCCGGGCGGAGGGGCAGCCCACCCCCCAGAUCUCCUGGCUGAAGGACGGGCAGCCUCUGAGGCUGCAGUCCCCUUCGCAUGCCCGGAUGUCCCCGGAUGGCAGCUCCCUGCUCCUCGAGGGGCUCCAAGCCGCCGACUCAGGGGCGUACACGUGCCUGGCCCGAAAUAGCGUGGGCGAAGAUGCACGGCUGCACACGUUGAACGUGCUGGUCCCCCCCACCAUCGAGAGAGGUGCCGACGACUCGGAGGUGGUCCGUGGCAUCCUGUCCGCGGCGGUGACGCUGGAGUGCCGGGCACGGGGGUCGUCUCCCCUGCACGUGAGCUGGCUGAAGGAUGGGCUGCCCCUGCGCCUGUCCCCCCGCGUCACCCUGCUCUCGGCUGGGCACGUCCUUCGGAUCUCCCAGGCACAGGUUUCUGACACCGGGCUCUACACCUGCAUCGCCUCCAGCCGGGCAGGAGUGGCCGAUCGCAACUUCGUCCUGCAGAUACAAGUGCCCCCUGUCCUGGAGAGCCCCGAGAGCAGCGAGGAGCAGAUGGUGGCCGAGGGCUCCGAUGUCACUUUCAGCUGCGAAGCCACCGGGUCCCCAGCACCGACAGUGACCUGGCUGAAGGACGGCGAGCCCCUGGGGCGGCGGAGCAACCAAGUGCCCGGCAGCCCGCGGCUAAGCCUGGCAGCCGUGGGGCUGGCCGACGCGGGGGUGUACUCCUGCCUGGCAGCGAAUGAGGCUGGGGAGGCCAGCAAAGCCUUCCACCUCCUGGUGAUGGAGCCGCCCCGUGUUGAGGCUGCGUCCCAUCCCACUGAGAUGUCCAUCGCCGUGGGCACCCCGCUAGAGCUGGCGUGUGUGGUGACGGGCGUCCCUGUGCCCACUGUCACCUGGGAGAAGGACGGACGGCUGCUGGCAGGGCCCUGGCUUGUAUCCGGGAACGAGAGCACCUUCCACAUCGAGAGCACUAAGGUGGCCGACGCUGGCUUGUACACCUGCCUGGCUGCUAGCCCUGCCGGGGAGGACAGCAGGAGCUUCCACGUCAGCAUCCAAGCACCUCUCAGCAUUGCGAGCGUUGGAGAGACCCCCAGCAUCACCGCCGUGGCAGGGGGGCAGCUCAUCCUGGAGUGCCCUGAGGAUGCCGUGCCACCCCCCCACAUCGAGUGGCACCGGGAGGGGUCCCCGCUGCGGGAGGAUGCCCGCAGGCAGGUCCUGGCCGAGGGACGGUUCCUGCAGAUCCAGGCCGUGGGGCCGGCGGACGGCGGGGAGUACAGCUGCAGGGCCACCAACGCGCUGGGGGACACCAGCCUGCGCGUCCAGGUGGAGGUUCACGUGGCCCCAGAGAUCCAGCCGGGCCCCGAGGAGGCGAGGGCACUGCUGAACGGCUCGGCGGUGCUGCCAUGCCGGGCGCAGGGGUGGCCCGUGCCCCGGGUGACGUGGCGGAAGGACGGACGGCUCCUGCCCCUUCACGGGACCAACAGGCUGCAGCUCCUGCCAGGCGGCUCCCUGCAAAUCGACCCCGUUCAGGUCCAGGAUUCAGGCUAUUACCUCUGCAUGGCAUCCAGCCCUGCCGGCUCCGACUGGCAAGGUCUGGACCUCCGUGUGCUGGUCCCUCCUUCCAUCGCCCCCGGGCCCUUCAACCUCACCCUGCUGGCUCAGCAGCCGGCCACGCUGGGCUGUGAUGCCUGGGGAUCCCCGGAGCCCCACAUCAGGUGGGAGAAGGAUGGCCGCCCCCUGAACCCGCAUCUCCCACCCGGCGCCUACAGCUUGCAGUCCUCAGGCUCACUGCUCAUCACCAGCCCUGGUCCCCGGGACGAGGGGCGGUUCGAGUGCAUCGCCACCAGCGCGGCCGGAGAGGCACGCAAGGUCUUCCUCGUGUCCGUCCACGUGCCCCCCACCAUUGCCGAUGACCUUACGGACGUGGUUGUCGCCCGGCUGUCCCCCGCGGUCCUCACCUGCUACGCCUCCGGCGUGCCCCCACCCGCGGUGUCGUGGAGCAAGGAGGGGGCUCAGCUGGGCAGCCGAGGAGGGGGCUACCGCGUCCUGCCCACAGGGGCCCUGGAGAUCAGGCAGGCGCUGCCCGCCCACGCCGGCCGCUACACCUGCACGGCAAGGAGCGCCGCUGGCACGGCCCGAAAACGCCUCCGGCUCGCGGUGCACGAACCCCCCGCCUUGAAGCCCUUGCCCGGCAUGGUGAUGGUGAUGGUCAACACCAGCGCGGUGCUGUCCUGCGAGGUCACCGGGGUCCCCCGGCCGCAGGUCACCUGGCAGAAGGACGGUGUCGGCGUUGCCGGAGGGCCCGGGCUGAAGGUGCUCCCCGACGGGCAGCUGCAUCUCCUCCGGGCCUCCCCAGGGGACGCGGGCACCUACCUGUGCGUGGCUCGCAACCCCUCAGGCACCGCUGCGGGGAGGACCAGGCUGAUCGUGCAAGUGCCCCCCGUCAUCGUGGCCGGCCCGGCGGAGCUGGCUGUCCUGGAGGGGCUGGAGGUGUCGCUGCCCUGUGCCGCCCGCGGCAUUCCCGAACCUCGUGUGUCCUGGAGCCGGGAGGGAGCCCCGGUGCGGGGCGGCGGGGGGAAGGCCACCGUCCUGCCCUCCGGGGAGCUGCUGCUCCGGGACGUCCAGGAAGGGGAUGCCGGGAGCUAUUCCUGCACUGCGGUGAACUCGGCUGGGAGGGCUGUCCGCCAGCUCUCCCUCUCCAUCCACACCCUGCCCACCUUCACCCGCCUGCCCGGAGACGUCACCCUGAGCCGGGGCGAGAGGCUGGAGCUGGUGUGUGCCGCCGCGGGCAGCCCCCAGCCCCGCGUCUUCUGGACGGCCAACGGGCACCGCAUCACUGACGGUGUGUCGGGGCAGAGCGGCUGGAGCACCCUGCGGCGGGAGGCAGUCACCCGCGCCGACAGCGGGACCUAUGUCUGCCACGCCGAGAACAGCGCCGGUGCCAUCAGGGCCACCGCCUUCGUCUCCAUCAGAGAGGCACCCAUCAUCCAGGGGGACCCCAGCACCUACCAGGUGGAGCACCCCGGGGGUGAUACCCUCCUUGACUGCGACGCCCGGGGCCACCCCGUGCCCCUCGUCCGCUGGAGCAAGGACGGGGUGCCGGUGGUAGCCAGCGGGCGCCUGCGCCAGCUGCAGAACGGCUCCCUGGCCAUCCGUGCCACGGGGAGCACCGACACGGGGCGCUACCGGUGUGUGGCAGAGAACGGUGUGGGCAUGGCGGCGAAGGUUGUCACCUUGGCCCUGCAGAGUGCCCCGGUGGUGGCGGUGACACCACGAGCGGCGGUGGUGCGCGCCGGGCAGCGGGUGCUGCUGCACUGUGCCGUGUCGGGGGAGCCCACCCCCUCCGUGGAGUGGCGGCGGGAUGGAAAACCGCUGCCCGAGGGUCCCCGCGCCCGCGUCCUGCCCAACGCCACGCUGCUCCUGCCCGCCGUCAGCCGCCGCGAUGCCGGCAGCUACUCCUGCCUCGCUCGCAACGUCCUGGGGUCCGCCGUCGCCCAUGCCUCCCUGGCUGUCCAAGGGGAGCCGCGCCGGGUGCGGGGCAGCCUUGGUGGAGUCAUCAACGCCCACGAGCUUGGUGUCACCUCCCUUGAUGCCAGCGUGCUGGAUGACCCGCACUCCGGCACCGUCACCGUUCAGAGCAGCAUCGGCAGCAUCCCACCCGCCGUCGGGCCGCUGAUGCAGGUACUGGUCACCAUCAUUGCACCCAUUUACUGGUCCUUGGCGCACGCCGGCGGGGGGGCCCGGCGUGGGUUCCUGCUCACCCGGGGCACCUUCCAGCACGAGUCGCAGCUGGAGUUUGCCACAGGGGAGCUCCUGCGGGUCACCCACCUCGCCCGGGGCACGGAUGCCGCUGGUGCUCUGCUGCUGGACAGCGUGAUCAGUGGCUCCGUGCCAGAGAGCAUCGGCGAGGCCGCAGUGCUGCUGCAGGACUUCAGCGAGCGCUACGUGCAGACGGGCGCUGGGCGGCUUUCGGGGAGCUCGGUGCAGAGCUUCCUGCGGGACGGGCGCAUCAUCCGUGCCCGCUGCAAUCACAGCAUCGUGUACGACCCCCCCGCGGGCCCGCAGUCCCCGUGGGUGCAGCACGUGCGGGCCAGUGCCAUCAAAGCCUCCUACAACCCGGCCUCGGAGGAGCUCAGCUUCCAGCUCCGUGCCUCGCUUGAUGCGGGGGCCGAUGGUGACCAGUGCCCACUGGGAUUCAUCCUGGGCCCCGGGCAGCAGUACUGCGUUGAUAUCGACGAAUGUGCCGAGGGGUCCCACGCCUGCCGCUACAACCAGCUCUGCCAGAACGCUGCAGGGACCUACCGCUGUGCCUGCCCUCCUGGCUACCACUCACUGGGUGCUGGCUGGCCAUGCUUGGAUGUAAAUGAGUGCCUGCAGGUUCCUCCACCGUGUGCCUUUGGGUGCCGCAACCUGCGGGGCUCCUACGAGUGCCUGUGCCCCCCCGGCAGGACCCUGCUGCCGGGUGGAGACUGUGGCACAGCAGGGGCGGAUGAAGGGGCCACAAUGAGCAGCACACCCCGGGACCCCCCCUUGCGUCCCCACCUGCAGGGACGAUCCUUCUACACUCAGCUCGCCCUCCGCCGCGUGGCGAAGGCUGCGGGGCUGGGUGCCCAGGACCCCCCCUGCCCCACGGGCUUUGUCAAGAGGAAUGGCACCUGCACCGACCUUGACGAGUGCCAGAUGCCAAACCAGUGCCAGCACAAAUGCAGGAACAGCCUGGGCAGCUACCGCUGCAUCUGCCCCCCUGGCUACCGGCUUCUGCCCAACGGGAAGAGCUGCCACGACAUGGACGAGUGCACGGAGGGCACAAUCCAGUGUGGCUCGAACCAGAUGUGCUUCAACACCCGUGGAGGCGCCCGCUGCGUGGAUGCGCCAUGCCCGGCCGGGUACCGGAGGGGCUCCAGCCCCGGGGUGUGUGUCGGUCGCUGCACCCCAGACUGUGGCUCGGCUGGCCCCCCCACUCUGCGGUACCAGCUGCUCACCCUGCCCCUCGGCAUCGCUGCCGGCCGCGACGUGGUACACCUCGCCCCGGGCGCUGCCCUCCGCCACCGCCCCGUCUUCACGCUGCUGGAGCCGGAGCCUGGCAGCCCCUUCGUCCUCCGCACCGAGCGGGGCCGCGGCAUCAUCUCCACCCUGCGCCCGCUGCGGGACCCCGGCACCCACCGCCUCAAGGUGCAGGCGCUGGCCCCGGGUGGGCAGCGGGCUCCCAGCAUCUUCCUCCUUCUCAUCUCCAUCUCGCCUUACCCCUACUGACACAGCCAAGGGACAGGAGGGGACGUGGGGUCAUAUCUCCUCCUGUCCCUCACCGCCGCACCAGUGGGGGAACGUGGCUCAGGGAGAGCUGAGCUUGCACCAUUCCUCUCCCCCCCCGGACCCCCCUUCCCCCCCCCCCCAGCAGCCCCUGCCUGCAUUGCCUUCACCCGGGGCCAGACCCUGACUCAGCAAGGUCCUGGGCAUCACGAGAUGUCCCGCCAGCCUCUCGCAAUCAGGUUUUGUUGCAACCCCGCAAUUCGCACCGGCAGCCCUGGAGCAAACACAGCUCUUGAUGGCCUUGGCCGCAAUUAGCCCCCGGGUUAGGUGCGGGGGGAUGAGCAGCGGGACAGCAGCCAGUGAGGGCCCCACCGGGGUGCAGGGUGUGAUCCCCCAGGCUGGGGAGGGCGCGGGGCACCCUGGCAUUUAUCACAUAUUAAAUUGAAAUAGCCUUGUGUUCAAUUUUUUUUUUUUUUUUUAAUCCACUCGGUUUCUGUGCAUACUUAUUUAUUUAUGGUCUUGUUCCAAAUAAAGGUGUUUUGUGGCUAAAUA